AUGGCUUUACAAGUUAAAAUGAAAACAACAUCAAGAGCAUCAUCAACAAUUAUAUGGCUAAUCUCAUGGAGCCUUAUCAUGACCUAUCAUGUCAGUUUAGCUGAAAGAAUCUUGGAAGACAAAAAACCAGAAAAUUUUGUUAUGCAGAAGAGACUUUUCUCUUGGUAUAGUGGAAAGUCUGCCUAUGAACGUGUUUGGCCUGAAAUGAAGUUUGGUUGGAGAAUUGUUGUUGGGUCUAUUGUUGGAUUUUUUGGAGCAGCAUUGGGUAGUGUUGGAGGGGUAGGAGGUGGUGGAAUUUUUGUACCUAUGCUUACUUUGAUCAUUGGUUUUGAUCCAAAGUCUUCUACAGCUAUCUCUAAGUGUAUGAUUACAGGAGCAGCAGGAUCAACUGUGUAUUACAAUCUGAGACUCAGACACCCAUCACUAGACAUGCCACUUAUAGAUUAUGAUCUGGCUUUGCUCUUCCAACCUAUGUUAAUGCUAGGAAUUAGCAUUGGUGUUGCAUUUAAUGUCAUGUUUGCUGAUUGGAUGGUUACUGUUUUGCUUAUCAUUCUAUUCAUUGGUACAUCCACUAAAGCUUUAAUCAAAGGCAUCAAUACAUGGAAACAGGAAACAAUCAUGAAGAAGGAAGCAGCCAAGAUGUUGGAAUCAGGUUUUACUCCUGAUUAUGCUUCUGAAGAAGACUACACUUCACUACCAGCUGAUCUACAAGAUGAAGAGGUUCCUUUACUAGACAACAUUUAUUGGAAAGAAUUAUCAGUCCUUGUCUAUGUUUGGGUGGCUUUUCUCAUUGUUCAGAUUAUUAAGACAUAUAGCAAAACUUGUUCCAUAGAGUACUGGAUUCUUAAUUCUUUGCAGGUGCCUAUUGCAAUUUCUGUUACACUUUAUGAAGCCAUAUGCUUAAGCAAAGGAACUAGAGUGAUUGCAUCAAAGGGAAAAGAAGUCACACAUUGGAAGUUUCAUAAGAUUUGUCUUUAUUGUUUCUGUGGAAUCAUUGCCGGUAUGGUUAGUGGAUUGCUUGGUCUAGGAGGUGGCUUCAUUUUGGGACCAUUGUUUUUGGAAUUGGGAAUUCCUCCUCAGGUGGCUAGUGCUACAUCAACAUUUGCUAUGGUUUUCUCUUCUUCCAUGUCAGUGGUACAAUAUUAUCUCCUAGAUAGCUUUCCGGUACCCUAUGCUUCAUACUUAGUUUUGGUUGCGACCAUAGCUGCAUUAACCGGCCAAUAUGUGGUGAGAAAGAUAAUUGCUAUCUUUGGUAGAGCAUCUAUCAUCGUCUUCAUAUUAGCUUUCACAAUUUUUCUGAGCGCAAUCGGUUUAGGUGGGGUGGGAAUAGGAAACAUGGUUGAGAAGAUGGAAAAUGAAGAUUAUAUGGGAUUUUACAAUAUCUGCCACCACAAAUCUUAG